UCUCUCUCUCUGUCGCUCUCUCUGUCUUGUAUCUCUAUGUCAGGUUGUGCGCUUGUUCCAUGCGCUCUCCAGCUCCUUUAAAACUCCUCUCUCUGUCGGAUAAAUGGAGACAACCUGAUCCUCUUGGAUUUAUGCUGAAGCAACAAGUUUCGUGAUUUAUUUAUUUAUUUUUUUUAAAAAAGAAGAAGAAGAACAAAACAAAAACAAACACCUGCCACACCUUUGGCUUUAAUUUCCCUUCAACUCUUUUGGACUUAUUUCUCCACCGGCAGCUCGGGGUGUGAGAGAUGGAAAACGGGACAUCUGAUGAUGUGGAGGCGCUGUGGGAGAAGGUGGGGUGCAAACGUUACGAAUUGUGUUGCAGCAUCGCUCCGGCAAAGCUCACCCCCUACCUACGCCAGUGCAAAGUCCUGGAUGAACAGGACGAGGAUGAGAUCCUCAACUCCAUGCUGCUGGUCUCCAAAGCAAACCGCACAAGUCGACUACUGGACAUCCUCCACACUAAAGGAGAGCGAGGGUAUGUGGCGUUUCUGGAGAGCCUGGAGUUCUACUAUCCGGACCUGUACAAGGUGGUCACAGGAAAGGAUCCCACACGACGUUUCUCCACCAUCGUAGUGGAGGAGGGCCACGAGGGUCUGACCCAGUUCCUGAUGAACGAAGUGAUGAAGCUGCAGCAGCAGUCCAAAGCGAAGACCCUGCAGCAUGUUGAGCUCAGCAGGAAGAACUGUACCCUGGAGGAUGAGCAGAAGAAGCUACGACUGGCCAACCAGGAGCUUCAGGCCUUCCAACAAAGGUACAAUAAGCUGAGAGAUGAAAGAAACACCUACAGCGACGAGCUGCUGAGAGUGAAGGAUGAAAACUACAAACUGGCCAUGAGGUACGCUACGCUUAGCGAGGAGAAGAACAUGGCCGUGAUGAGGAGUCGAGACCUGCAGCUCGAGAUUGAUCAGCUGAAGCACAGGCUGAACAAGGUGGAGGAAGAGUGUAAGAUGGAGAGGAGGCAGAGUCUAAAGCUGAAGAACGACAUUGAGAACCGGCCAAAGAGAGAGCAGAUCUUUGAGCUGGAAAGAGAGAACGAAAUGCUCAAGAUAAAACUACAGGAGCUGCAAUCCAUCAUACAGCCUGGACCUCUGCCUGCAUCAGACAAGGCCAUCCUUGACAUUUUGGAGCAUGAUCGACAGGAAGCAUUAGAAGACAGACAAGAUCUGGUGAACCGACUCUACAACCUCCACGAAGAAGUCAGACAAGCAGAAGAACUACGUGAUAAGUACCUGGAGGAGAAGGAGGAUCUGGAGCUGAAGUGCUCCACACUGCAGAAGGACUGCGAGAUGUACCGCAACCGCAUGGACACCCUCAUCACUCAGCUGGAGGAGGUGGAGAAGGAGAGGGACCAGGCAUUUCGAGCCCGAGACGAUGCCCAGCACCAGUUCUCCCAGAGUCUCAUCGACAAAGACAAAUAUCGUAAGCAGAUCAGAGAGCUGGAGGAGAAGAGCGAUGAACUCCAUAUCGAGAUGGUUCGCAAAGAAGCCAAGCUGGUCACGUUGGACUCUCGCCUACGACGGCUCUCCAAGGACAGUGUUUUGGACCAGUCGACUCUGCCGAGGGACGUGCCGCCGACCAUCAUCUCUCAGGAGGAGGAGUUUAAACCCAUCGAAGGUCAAACAGAAUGGUCCAGCGAUGAGUCGCCGGAGGAUAAACUUGUGCCUGAGGAGCCUCGGCUCAGACGCAGACCGAACCUUAAAGAGUUUAUUAAACAAAACAGAGCGAAGUCUCCGGUCUGUGUACCCAAAGAACUUCAAGUCAACACAGAAGCUGCUCAACCUGCAGGCAACUUAGGCGAUUCUCUGGAUAUCCAGAUGCGACACUUCCACGGCAACAGCCACUCCCUCCCUGCUUCCCCGUGCUUCCCGAUGUCCCCGACGUAUCCACCCACCUCAGUUCCCCACCUGUCCUCCUCCUUCUCCUCAUCCACCUCCCAACUCCCCUUGAGUAUAGUUGAACAGUCCACCAGGCCAAACAUGCUUCGUAACCGUAACGACAGCAUCCUGUCCAUACUCCCCGAGCCGCCGGAGAAAGCAUCGCUUUACCGGAGGGAGAGGGAGAAAGAACAUGACUUCCACCCCCGCAGCCUCUCGGACUUUGAUAGCGACAACAUGGAGUUUGAGGACGAAGUACAGCACGGUCCACCUUCUGUCCACUCAUCUUCCUCGUCUCAUCAGUCAGAAGGCAUGGACACUUACGACCUGGAGCAGUUCAACAAUAUCUUCAGGAAAUUCUCUUUGGAGAGGCCGUUCCGCCCGUCUCUGUCCUCCUUUUCGAGGAUCAGCUCGUCCCUGAAGCCGGUGCAGGAGCUGUCGUUGCCGGGUGACAACUUGCUGAAGGACAUUUCUCUGGUUGGCGGCAACGAAAGCGGGAUUUUUAUCUCAUCCGUCCAGCCGGGUUCCAUCGCUGAGAAGGUCGGGCUACGAGAGGGCCACCACCUCCUGUUGCUUGAGGGAUGCAUACGUGGAGAGAACCAAAGCAUUUCAUUGGAUACCAGCACUCAGGAAGAAGCCCAUUGGACGUUACAGCACUGCUCUGGACCAAUCACACUGCACUAUCGAGCCAACUAUGACUCUUUCCGUCGUCUUCAGAGGGAUCUAGCGGAUGGCACGCUGGCUUCCGGCGACUCCUUCUACAUACGGGUCAACCUCAACAUCUCUGGCCAAUCAGACAGCUGCUCUUUGAGUGUGUGUUGCGAUGAGAUUGUGCACGUGCUGGACACCAGGCAUCAGGGCCGCUGUGAGUGGUUGUGCGCUCGUGUCGACCCCUACACCGGCUCCGACCUGGCCGACCGUGGCACCGUACCCAGCAACUCACGGGCCCAGCAGCUGCUCUUGGUAAAGAUUCAAAAGUUUGUGUGUCGAGGGGGGAAAGAAGAGAGUGAAAAUCACCGCAACAGUCGGCACAAUCUGCUGCCAGAAGAAGCCAGCAGCGCGUCUCCGGAUCCUAAAGCCAGCCCACGCAUGUCUAGAGCCUGCAUCUUCCUCAGUCAGAUACUACAGUUUGUCAGCAGGGUGGAUAUCAAGUACAAGCGAAUGAACAGCAACGAACGUGUGAGGAUAAUCAACUCAGGGAGCACGACACUACCCAGACAUGGUUUUGAGGCGCUUAAACCAGAAGACGCUGCUGACCCAGACAGUGAGCUGAGCAGGAGUUUGAACCUAAUCCCCUACAGUCCCGUCACCCUCCAGCGAACCCAGAGGAGAAGACCAGUCCUAUUCACGCCCACUGCUUUAGCCAAAACCAUUAUCCAGAAAAUACUGAACAUGGGGGCAGCCAUGGACUUUAAUAUCUGCAAACCAGACACCCUGUCCAAAGAAGAGUUUCAUCUCAAACAGAACGUGGAGCCCUUCAUUCACUACAAAGAGAAACAGGCCACAUUUGAAUGCAUCACACGGGAAAACAUAGAGGCCGUCGCUGCUAAGGGCAAACACUGUCUGCUGGAGGCUGAGCUGAGCUGCGUCAAAGACCUUCUGCGGAGAGAAAUCUACCCGAUCAUCAUCUACAUCAAGAUUUGCGAGAAAAAUAUCAAGAAGUUACGGAAGUUGCCUCUGCGCGUGGACUCGGAGGAGGAGUUUGUGAGGAUGUGUCGGGCCACAGAGAAGGAGCUGGAGGGCAUCCCCUGCCUCUACGCGAGCCUGGAGCCCGAGGCUUGGGCAGGGACGGACGAACUCAUCAGGGUCAUCAAAGACCGGAUCCUGGAGGAGCAGAAGAAGACGGUCUGGGUGGAGCAGGACCUCCUGUAGACAUGCAACAGUCUGAGCGCCACAUAACACCUUGUACGUCAUACCUUUAAGCAUAUUAUUAUUAUUAUAUUUAUGCUCAGACUUAAAAACACACAUGGACACUCUGUUAUUAAAUAAAUGCAUUAUUAUAUAUUUUGUAUAUGUGUGCCUUUCCUUUGACUCAGAGAAAUAAAGACAUCUGUGAGCUGCG